AUGUCUGUUUUUACAUUACAGACGAUGUGUGACUUUGACAGUAAUUUCAGUAAAUCGGCCCUUGCGGCACACGAUUUCAUCGAGAGCCAUUUUCAUCCGUUUGAUGGAAUCGACACUAUAGCGGUUCACGGUGGGUACGACCCGACAGGCGUGCUGGAACUUGGGCGUCCCAUUGUUGCCCCCAUUUCCCUCUCAAGUACUUUUCAGCAACUCACUCCCGGUUCUUAUAAGUACGAUUAUUCAAGGGGAGGAAAUUUUUCCCGUGAAUGCUUGGAAAAAUGUAUUGCCCAGUUGGAACAAGGUGAUCAUUGUACCACCUUUAGUUCCGGGCUAGCUUGCCUCGCCGCCAUAGUCCAGCUUUUGUCUUCGGGGGAUCAUAUUGUUGGAUUUGACGACAUGUAUGGAGGCACCGGCCGCUACCUGCGCACUGUUGCUUCCAAGACUGGUGUCUCCUUUACCUUGGUGGAUAUGCGAGACGAAUCCUUAUUCAAAACUGCUUUGCAACCCAACACUCGGUUGGUUCUCAUCGAGACCCCAUCCAAUCCGUUGAUGCGCUUGGUGGACAUUCGAAGAAUCUCCGAUGCAGCCCACAAAUUUAACAAAGAUAUAUUGGUUGCUGUGGAUAACACAUUUAUGAGUCCGUACUUUCAGCGGCCUCUAGAACAUGGUGCUGAUAUUUCUUGGCACUCUUUGACCAAGUAUAUCAACG